AUGGAUGGCCCAGAUCCAAGCAGUAUUAAAUUAAAUUCUAGUAUUAGUGUCGGUGAAGGAAAUAGCCUGACUGUGGACUGUACUGUUGACUGUAACCCGCCAUGUGACUACUCCUGGACACUGGGUGAUAAUCAAAUCACAACAAGUCCUCUGUUAAAUCUGACAGACAUCAACAGGAAUCAGGACGGGAAUGUGUACAACUGUACAGCGACAAACACUGCUCUACUUGAAACAAUAAAUGGCCAAGAUGCAAGCAGUAUUAAAUUCGGUUCUAGUAUAAGUGUCGAUGAAGGAAAUAACCUGACCGUGGACGGCACUGCUUACUGUAACCCGCCAUGUGAUUACUCCUGGACACUGGGUGAUAAUCAAAUCACAACACGUCCUCUGUUAAAUCUGACAGACAUCAGCAGGAAUCAGGACGGGAAUGUGUACAACUGUACAGUGACCAACUCUGCUAUACCUAAAUCUAUAAGUGAGCAGUUUAUACUGACGGUGCACUAUGAUCCAGAUCGCAUGUCUGCCUUAAGUGCAGGUGCUAUAUCGGGAAUUGCGAUCGCUGUUGUUCUGGCUGUUGCUAUUCCUACUGUGCGGAUACUUUAUAAGAGGAAAAUAAAGAAGAAAGCUGAAGAUGUGCAGAACGAAUCUAAUAACUAA